AUGAACAUUGUUCUUGUAGCACUUUUCCUGAAGUUAGUUUCCAUUGCAACCAUCAACAUUUGCUUCUGCAAUGGAAGCUCUUUUGGAUGUUGCAUACAAAGUGAGAGAGAAGCACUUUUAAGAUUCAAAAAUGAUCUCAUAGAUCCUACCAACUGGCUUGGCUCUUGGAAAGGUGACGGAGAUUGUUGUGAAUGGGCUGGUGUUGUCUGUGACAACUUGACUCGCCAUGUUCUUGACCUCAACCUUAGAAAUCCUGCUUUGAAAGAUCAUGCAUCUGAGGUUGAAUAUGAUGCUUAUCUGAGGUCAAUGUUGGGAGGAAAGAUAAAUCCCUCUUUGCUUGAUUUGAAGCAUUUGGUUUCCUUGGACUUGAGCGAUAAUAAUUUUGAAGGAAUUCAGAUACCUGGAUUUCUUGGUUCAAUUGAGAAAUUAAGAUAUCUUAAUCUCUCUUACAACGGAUUCCAUGGAAGGGUUCCUCACCAACUUGGAAAUCUCUCCAAUCUGCAGUAUCUUGUCCUCGGUAGCAACUCCUAUCUAUACACUGAGAAACUUUGGUGGUUGUCUCGUCUUUCAUCAUUGAAGUAUCUGGAUUUGGACUCAGUGGAUCUUAGAAAAGUCAAUGAUAAUUGGUUGAAGGUGAUAAAUACACUCCCUUCUCUGGUAGUGUUACGAUUGCACAGUUGUCAACUUGGUCAGUUUCCUCCUAUAACCAGUGCAAAUUUUUCAUCUCUGACCGAACUUGAUCUUUCUUACAACCAAUUGAACACUUCGAUUCCUUAUUGGGUUUUUAGUCUUGGCAAUUUAGUAUACCUUAAUUUAAGAUUUGAUGAUUUCCAAGGUCCGAUUCCCACCGGACUUCAAAACUUGACUUCUCUUGAGUUUCUUGAUUUAUCUGUUAAUAGUUUCAAUUCUUCAAUACCCGCUUGGUUGUACAAAUUUAACCAUCUUAAGCAUCUUGCUUUAAGGGCGAAUUGUUAG